CACUGUCAGUAACCACGACGGCAUUCGUGUGAAUUGAAACGGCAGUAUAUCAGAGUAAAUGCCGCAAGGUUAAUGUUUCCACUGAAAACAUUUGUACCAAAGCACUAUGGAGGUCUGAACUGUAAAGGACGCUUGACCACCGAAAUUUACCGGCUUUUCGGACAAAGCGCUGCUAGAUAGCGCGAAAACCUUUGGUUCUGCAAGCGGCUUACGCCCGAUUGCCGAGUUGCGGCUUCAAAAACAAGGUCCAGGCACAGGGGGGGGGUGCGUGGUUGAGUGCCCAUGAGAAAGCCACGCAAGAGGGGACACCUGGCUGGGGGCUGGGCUGGCAGACGGACUGAUGGAGGAGUUCGGGGCGGAGCAGGGAGAGGGUCGGGGCAUCGGCGCUCUCCCUCCCCCUACAGCCUGAAGGUGUCCCCCACCAGGGAGACUCUGACCUAUGCCCAGGCCCAGAAAAUGGUGGAAGUGGACCUGGAUGGCCGUCUCCACCGGAUCAGCAUUUUCGACCCCCUGCUGGUCAUCACCGAGGACGAAAUGACCGCUCAGGACAUAGCAGAGUGCAACAGCAACAAAGAGAACAGCGAGCAUCCCUCACUGCCCAGCGUGGCCAGCCCGCAGCGUAGGCCGCCGGCUCACAAAGGCAGGAAGAGGGACAGCAAACACUCUUCGACGUCCUCCUCCUCCUCCUCCUCUUCCUCCUCCCAGAGCCACGGCUCCAACUCUAACGGACAAUCCCACGGGCACUCUAACGCCUCUCAUCAGCACAACCACCACAGUCCUUUACCCGAGCCUACUUUUCGCGUGCUGGAAUCUUACUCGCCCACCGAAGCACCUCCGCUCCCCACCGCCUACUACCGGUACAUUGAGAAGUCAGCCGAAGAGCUGGACACGGAGGCCGAGUACGACAUGGACGAAGAGGACAUGGCGUGGCUCGAGAUGCUCAACGAAAAGCGACAUCAGGACGGCCAGCUCGCGGUUUCGGCGGACACCUUCGAGCUUCUGAUGGACCGUCUGGAGAAGGAAUCGUUCCUGGAGUCCAGGAGCCAGGCGCCGACGCAGAGCAUCAUCGACGAAGACGCCUUCUGCUGCGUGUGCCUGGACGACGAAUGUCUCAACAGCAACGUCAUCCUUUUCUGCGACAUCUGCAACCUUGCCGUCCAUCAGGAGUGCUACGGCGUGCCCUACAUCCCCGAGGGCCAGUGGCUGUGCCGCUGUUGCCUCCAGUCUCCCUCCCGCCCCGUGGACUGCGUGCUCUGCCCAAACAGAGGGGGAGCCUUCAAACAAACCAGCGACGGACGCUGGGCGCACGUGGUCUGCGCCAUCUGGAUCCCGGAAGUCUGCUUCGCCAACACCGUGUUCCUGGAGCCGGUGGAAGGGGUGGACAACAUCCCGCCGGCCCGAUGGAAGCUGACCUGUUACCUGUGCAAGCAGAAAGGCCGCGGGGCUUCCAUCCAGUGCCACAAAGCCAACUGCUACACGGCCUUCCACGUCACCUGCGCUCAGCGAGCCGGGCUCUUCAUGAAAAUCGACCCGGUCCGAGAGACCAACGUCAACGGGACGACGUUCUCGGUGAAGAAGACGGCUUUCUGCGGAGCGCACUCCCCGCAAGGGAAAGAGUGCUCGGACGACGAGGAAACGGGAGGAGGGAGGGUGAUCGGAGAAAGGGCCAGCAGAGGCCGCAGUGCCUACGCCCAGACUCCGCUCCUGAGGAAUCAAAAACGAAGCAAUAAGAAAGAGACCAAGCAGCAGCAGCAGAAGAAGAAGGGCAAGAAAAGCCCGGAAGCGACUUCCAAAAAGGUGUCGACGCCGCUGGUCACUGUCCCGCAAAUUCCCACGCACAGGUUGAACAAAAUUUGUAAAGGAGUUUCUAUACAGAGGAAAAACCAGUUUAUGCAGAGGCUUCAUAAUUAUUGGUUACUUAAACGUCAAUCACGCAAUGGAGUGCCUCUCAUUCGUCGUUUGCACUCGAAUCUUCAAUCUCAGCGGAGUGCUGAGCAGGCUGAGCCUGAUGAGAAAAUAAGCGCAGUGAGGGAGGAACUGAGAUACUGGCAGAAGUUACGCCACGAUUUAGAGAGAGCCAGACUCCUGGUGGAGCUCAUCCGUAAGAGGGAGAAAUUAAAACGAGAGCAGGUGAAACUGCACCAGGCGGCCAUGGAGCUGCAGCUGACUCCCGCACUGAGGCUUCUACGCUCCACUCUGGAUCAGCUGCAGGAGAAGGACACAGCAAAGAUCUUUGCCCACCCUGUGAAUUUAAAAGAGGUUCCUGAUUAUCUUGAGUUCAUAUCUCAUCCUAUGGAUUUUUCCACUAUGCGCUCCAAACUGGAGGCUCAUAAGUAUCGCUCGCUGAGUGACCUGGAGGCCGAUUUCAACCUCAUGAUCUCUAACUGCUUGAGCUACAAUGCAAAAGACACCGUUUUUCACCAAGCCGCACUGCGCCUACGUGACCUAGGUGGCGCUAUUCUGCGUCACGCCCAGAGACAGGCCCAGAACACCGGAUUCGAUCUGGACACGGGCAUGCACCUCCCUGAAUCCCCCCAGAAACAUGACUACUACCGCUGCACCUGGGAGGACGUGGACACGCUCCUGGACCCGGACAACCGCGUGCACAUGUCUGCGGAGGACCAGCUGAAGGAGCUGCUGGAUAAACUGGACGUCGUGACGUCCAUGCGCUCCAGCGGCGCCAGGACCCGUCGCAUCCGCCUCUUACGACGGGAGAUCAACAACGUACGCCACAAACAGGGUCAGCAGCGCAACACCCACAUACUGAACGGAGACCUCAAAGAAGAGGAAGACGAAGAGGAGGAAGAGGAGGACAAAGAGCAGGAGGCCGAAAACAACCUGUCUUCCUCAGAGAAAGAUGACAAUAAAUCCACUCCUCCGCCCACCCUGGAGCCUUCUGGGUUGGCACUGUCCCCUCCGCAUGGAGACACCCCCCAAGAGCCCCCCACCCUACGGCCCAUGCAGCCUGACCCCAAGCCCCUGCCAUGUCCGCCCAAGCGCCUAAAACUGACCAAUGAGAGCCAAGGGGGUGACGCAACCACUGACGCCAAGGAUUGUACCAAAGCAGAGGAGACCCAGGCCAAACUGACAAACGGCCUGCCUGUCACGGACUCCCCCACGCGGCCUCCCCUGGGGGGCGUUGGCCGUCGGACUGCCAUCCUUUUCAAAAAGGCAAAAAACGGAGCGAAACUCCAACGGGAAAAAGACAAUCAGAUCCAGAACGGUAGCGGCGAGGAUCCCGUCAGCACAGGGAAAACUCCUCACACCCCAAACUGUGUCUCAGAUCUUCACGUCAACGCGUCGGGAGCCGAGACCCCACCCUCUCCCCCUCCGCCUCCCUUAUCACCCAAACAGAAGUCCAGCAGUCGCAGCACCAGCCCUGUCCAGGGACGGGAGAAGACCCCUCCCCCCGCACUAGAAACUGGUCUGACAAAUGGCUUCAAAAAGCACAAAGAUGGUUGCUCUGACUCAGAAUGCAGUUCUUCUCCAAUCCUACACAAAGAGAUCUCCUCGCCACCCAGACGAAGCCGCGGGAAACCGGCGUUGUCUAAAGUGCCGUUUCUAGAGACUGUUAACGGGGACUCUGACUACACUGGUACAGACGUGCUGUCGAUAGAGAACGGAGCCGAACUGGAACCACUGGACUUGGUCUGGGCAAAGUGUCGGGGUUACCCGUCCUACCCUGCCCUGAUCAUUGAUCCUGAGAUGCCCCAGGAGGGGCUACUCCACAACGGGGUGCCCAUUCCUGUCCCGCCCCUGGAGGUGCUCCGUCUGGGAGAACAGAGACAGGCGGAGGCCGGAGAGAAGCUCUUCCUCGUGCUCUUCUUCGACAACAAGCGCACCUGGCAGUGGCUGCCGCGGGACAAGGUGCUGCCCCUGGGCGUGGACGACACGGCCGAUAAACUGCGCAUGAUGGAGGGCAAGAAGACCAGCAUCCGCAAGUCUGUCCAGGUCGCCUACGACAGAGCCAUGAUCCACCUCAGCAGGGUGAGGGGGGACCACGGUUUCGUCACCUCCAAAUACCUGUAAAGAUAACAGCGCUCUUCUUUUGCCCACUCACCCAUCCGGGCGCCGAUACGACGGGAGAGGUCCCAGACAUGCCUUUCUUACAUUUCCUUUGUUUUCUCUGUGUCAAAACGGGCAACCGGGGGGGCAAAGAAAGGACCUUGGGGAACGACCCUAGUGUUUUAUCAGCAGCAGAACGGAGUAGGGGAAAUUCAGUUAUAAGUCUUUUUUUAGAAUGGACGUCGCUGUCUCUUUGGUGAUGUUGAGUCUAGACCAUCUGAAGACCCGAGUCUGAACUGUGGUCAGAGGUUAUGUUUAGCAGGAACUGUUUUUAACUAUGAAUGAUCUGAAUGAAUGAGUGAAUGCGUGAACCAAAGCGUGAAUGAAUAUCAAACGUACGAAUGGAUCACUGCCAUUUUCUUACUAUAGCUUUUUACUUUUGGAUGUUUUACAAACCACUUCUUGUAUAUUGUAAAGACACUCAUGUAUAUACGUAUGUUUUUAUCAUACGAUAUCUAAUUUAAUUUUUCCUUUUUUUGUUUAUUGUGAAAUCAAUCACCUACAGGUAUGAAGAAAUGAGAAAUUUUUUGUACAUACUUGUAAAAAGAGAUCAAAAUUACUGACUUGCUACAAAGUGUAUUCAGCUUGUAUUUGAUGUCAGUUU